GUCUUUCUAUCUGUCUCAGGGUCCGGCUGCGGAUAACCUGUGUGACGGCAGCAGCCACAACAUGGCAGCGGUGGAUAGCUUCUCCCUCCUGUACCGUCAGAUGGCCCGGUCCUGUAGCAGCACGGUGGAGACCCUGGCCCUGGUGGGGGCCCUGUACACGGCCUGCAGGGUGUGCACUGUGUUGCACAGAUGCUGCUCUCUGGUCAGGGUCCACUUCCUCCCACGACUCAUGCCCAACAGGAGGACCUUGGCCCAGCGGUUUGGUGCAUGGGCAGUCAUCCACGGUGCAGCAGAUGACACGGCCCACGCCUAUGCGGAGGAACUGGCCCGGCAGGGCAUGAGCCUCCUCUUUGUGAGUCGUGAUGGCACCAUGAGGUCAGACCUAUCAAAGGCUCUCUCUCAACGCCAUGGAGUAGAAGUGACUGUGGUUGAAGCUGACCUGGCUCUCGGCGACGCAGCCAUCCAGUCCCUCAGAGAGGCUCUGGGGGAUAAAGACGUGGGCAUAUUGGUGAACUGUGGGGCCAGGUCUCUGGAGGAGCCCAUCCCCCUGACAGAGACGUCAGAGCAGGGACUGCUGGAGCUGGUGAACAGGGCCGUGCUGGCCGCUGCCCUUAUGACCAGACUGGUUCUGCCCGGGAUGGUGGAGCAGGGACGCGGUGCGCUGGUCCAUUUGUGUUCUGGUGCAGGCAGUCGGUCCUCCGGUGCAGCACUGUUCGCCUCACAGGGAUUCCUGGAAAGGUUUACCCAGGCUCUUCACCUAGAAUACGGCAGACGAGGGGUUUUCCUCCAAACUCUGACUCCACUCCAGGUGCGUUCUAGAGUAGGAGAAGCCUCCUCAGUGCUGGACCUGGGGGGCUGGCUGGUCCCUGAAGCAGAGGUGUACGCCCGCCAUGCCAUCUCCACCUUGGGCGUGGCCCACCACACCACAGGCUACUGGCCCCACACGCUGCAGCAUGGAAUCAUGAGUUACAUCCCUGAGCGGAUUUGGUCGCUGGCAUCACAGUUCCUCUGAUUGGUUCAACAUGUUUUACUUUUUUGCUUUUGCCAUCCAUCCAUCCUUCCGCCUGAUUGAACAAUGGAUACACGAUUUUCAGAUGACUAUUUUUUUCAGAACAUUAUUUAAAUAAUGGAGACCUAUACGUUCAUUAGCCUGAUGGACAGUAUAUGUUAAUGGUAACAAUAUAUCAGAUAUUCUUGGGACGUGACCAUUUUCUAUGGUCUGUGGUUGUGACCCAACUUUCUUCCUCGUACUCUACUCGCACUGUGAAGAGGCCAUGAAGUGUAUUUAAAUACGUAUUUGCACCACAGAAUUCAACCUUUCAGGCAUUCCUUUGUGGGUUACCCUUCCAAUGUCUCCUUGGUGUUAGCAGUGUGUCUAUAGCACACAGCACUACUCAAAUGUUGCACCACAGCUCAAGACAAUACAUAAACACAAUUCUUUGGAUAUCAGCACGCACCAAGUUUCUUGGCCUCCAAGGGGGAAUUGAGAUAGUAUUCAAAUAUAGACAUGUUGGUCAAAAACCUUGAAAUACAAUAUUUACUUUAAAUGAC